AAGGCUACUUAGCAGCGCGUUUUUACACACAGUCAUUUCCACGCUGCCGGCACAAAAGAGAACACGGACACCCAGCACAAACCAAAGAUUUAUAAAACUUUACAACACUGUAACCUCAGGAGUCCUUACGGACGGAAAACACUCAUCUGAUCGCGCAAUGGCAGAAGAAGUGAUCUCAAUGGAUGGAAAGACUUCCAACGGUGAAGCGCACCAGGACAACUCGACCAGCAAUCAGAAAGAGCCGGAGACGACGGGGCAGAGGCUCAAACGUAUCGCUAUGGCCAAUCUGCUGGUUAUCCUGACAGUGGCAGCUGUCAUUGUGGGGGUCUUCAUCGGACUGGGCGUACGGAGCGCCGACCUGAGCCGGACGCAGAUCAUCUACUUCGGUUUCCCGGGUGAAUUGUUGAUCCGUAUGCUCAAAAUGAUCAUCAUUCCUCUGGUGGUCUGCAGUCUGGUGUCAGGGGCUGCCAGCAUUGACCCUAAAGCCCUGGGUAAGCUUGGCGGCUGGGCAAUGCUUUUCUUCCUGGUCACCACGCUACUCGCCUCUGCCAUCGGCGUUAUUAUGGCUUUAAUCAUCCAACCCGGGGCAACCAGUGAUGGGAAGAGCAUAUCUAAACCAAACACACUGGACGAAAGCGCUGUGCCUGAGGCCAAAGAAGUCAUCGACUCGUUUUUAGACUUGAUAAGAAACAUCUUCCCAUCUAACUUGGUCGCUGCUGCCUUUCAGUCAUAUACCACUGGGUACAAAUUAGUGAAGAACGACACAAACUCGACCAACUUCUCUUUGGAAAAGGUUCCAAGUGGCAAAGAUGUGGAUGGGAUGAACAUCUUGGGACUCAUCGUGUUCGCCAUGGUGUUCGGGGUGGCCCUGCGGAAACUCGGAGAGGAAGGCGAGAUCCUUAUUAAGUUCUUCAACUCUUUUAAUGAGGCAACCAUGGUGUUGGUGUCCUGGAUCAUGUGGUAUGCACCACUGGGUAUCAUGUUCCUGGUUGCAGGAAAGAUUGUGGAAAUGGAGGAUGUCGGGAUGCUGUUUGCCAGCCUGGGCAAGUACAUCGCCUGCUGUGUGAUCGGUCACGCCAUCCACGGGUUGCUUGUUCUUCCGUUGAUUUAUUUCGUGAUCACACGGAAGAAUCCUUACACGUUCCUGCUGGGCUUGCUUACGGCUCUGGCCACUGCAUUUGGAACCUCCUCUAGUUCUGCCACGCUACCCCUCAUGAUGAAAUGUGUGGAGGAGAACAAUGGCGUGUCCAAACACAUCAGCCGCUUCAUCUUGCCCAUCGGAGCCACUGUUAACAUGGACGGAGCCGCCUGCUUCCAGUGCGUAGCUGCGGUCUUCAUCGCUCAGCUUAACGCAAUGCCGCUAAACUUUGUCCAGGUCAUCACCAUACUAGUGACCGCCACAGCGUCCAGUGUGGGAGCUGCUGGUAUCCCAGCUGGAGGAGUGCUGACACUCGCCAUCAUUUUGGAAUCAGUGGGACUUCCCACCAACGAUCUUUCCCUCAUCCUGGCUGUAGACUGGCUUGUUGACCGCACCUGUACUGUGCUCAACGUUGAAGGGGACGCGUUCGGAGCAGGUCUCCUGCAGUAUUUCGUGGAUCGAACAGCCAGUAAAAAUGAGGUGGAGCUUAAACAUGUGCAAGUGGAGGAAGAAAAGCAAGAAAGUUCUCCGCUGAUGGGGAGAAGGGAAAACGGUGAAAAGGAGUCGGUCAUGUAAACUUGCACAGUAUUUACACACAAACUUUCCUUGUCUGCUCGAUCUCCCGCAUCUACAUCUACAGAAGAGGCCAUGGGAGUAAUGCAGGACUAGAUUAGGACAAGACUAAAACCUUUUGACCCUCCUCUAUGUCCAAUUCUUUUUAACAGGAGUUUGCCAAAUGUGCAAAGAGUUGGAUCUUGGAAAAAUGCUUGAACGAUUAUUUAUUAGAUGCUGGUAGAUGCUGUUUUGUUCUGUCUUGUCACUCCUAAGCUGUUUUAACUUUUUUUUUUAUAAAACUCCUUUUUAUUUAAAAGCCCUUAUAUUUAUGAUUGAAGUUAUAGAUUUUAAGCUUAUGCCCAAAGAGCUCCUUCAACAAACCAAAUACGUUUCCGGGUAGCGUGAUACCUCGUUCACUUAAACCUCUGACUUCCUUUAAAACUCACAACCUCGGUCCAUCUGGCAGGCACUAAUACCUUCAGAUCAUUCGCUCCUCCUGUGUAUUUGCAUACAGAUUGCAGUUUUGUGUUGAACUGGAAGGUCAAAUGCAUAAAGCAAGCGUUAUAAUAAUAAUAUAUGGGUCAUGUGCAAAGUUUCAAGGCUGAUGGAUAAGCUUGUGGAGAGGUGACAGAGUACACCAUGCACUGGUCUGCUUGGUGAUAAGCAACUGCAAUGCAAACAAAGAUACCCAAAUUAUCCAUUUUAAGAGAGAUUAGUGCAUGAAGUCUGGCUGGGAUCGGGAGUCAUGUUGUAUAUAUAAAGUAUGAUUUGGCAGAAAAUGUUUCCCACAACUGACUGGUUUUGCAUACACCAAGUUUAAGUUUGUCUUAAGCAUUUAAGGUUUUAAAAUGUGUUUUUAAUGUUGGCUUAAUGAAUUCAUGUGAUAAAAUCAUACUGUUGCAUAUAUUUUUGUUUUAAUGAAGUAUACAGCAUUUUUCUUUUGGUUUUUGACUUUUUUUGCGUGUGUAUGUUAUAGUAGAGGAGCACAAAUAUGUCUUUUGAGGAUAGUUCAUUUUAUGAGGAGAAAACUUGUAGAAUAUGUUCUGUGAACAACUUUUACUGGGUGACUGUUUAACCGGACUGGAUUACUUAUUCUACUUUUUGUACAGAAAUGCUUUGUAAAAGUGUAAUCUAUAAACACCAGCUGAAGCAAAGUGUGGGCCACCGGGGUUAGAAGUUGCCAGUGUUUUUAUUGUGUAUGUUGACCAAAUGUUUCGUCACUUUUAACAUGUUUAAAAAAACACAGAUGAGAACCCCGGUUUUAUUCGUUCAUAACAGAUUGUCAUGCAAUUGAUCAGUGAGUGGUUAAAAUAGACCAAAGCUGAAAAUAUUUCUUUUUUUGAUAAUUUCCUGACAUACUUGUAUGAGGUUUGGUGCACUAAUCAGAAGUCUCCUCACAUUUCCAUUUUAUUAAGUUAGUUCUCAAGAUGUAUGGUAUCAAAUCACUCCUUACGUAACAUGUCUUUUAAAUGUGUAUAAUAAGCGUGAAGUAUGUAAAGUGCGGUAAAGGUUUAUCAUUCCAGGUGGCUGUUGUGUCCACCCUAGUGAUGCGUAUAUGUCUGUGUGAAAGUUUUUGGGGUGAUUGUGUCAUAAGUGGUUGUGUGAUGAUGUCAUCAAUGGAGCCAAAGAACUUAUAAGAGAACCAUUGAAUGUACUCCACACUGACUGCGAAAUAAAAUUUGAGUACGGUA